GGUGCAGAGACUCGCCAGGACCUGAAGUCUUCCAGGCAGCUUUUGGAUUUGGAGUUUGGGGUUGAGCGGGGGACUGUCUCCCACACUCCUUUUUCCUAGCACUGAUGGAGUCUCGUCGCCCCGAGAAUCUCACGGUGAGCUGGACCCCUUUCUGUCGCAGCUGGCAUCGCUCUGUGUCUAGAGACCAUGCCAGGCUUGUACUCACCAUCUACCUGGACAGCUCUGCCUCUGAAGAGCUCAAGUGUGAAGGCCUGUGCCAAUGGGUACUCCCUGGGACUCACUGCCCACCUCACUUACAUCAACUCUGAAGAGGAGCCCGUGGAAGGGGUGUUCAUCUAUCCUCUGGAGGAGUCCGAGGUCGUCGCGGGUUUUGAAGCCGAGACGGGAGGCAGGAGCAUCACCUUCCAGAUCCAGAACCGGCGCCACGCAGAGGAUUGCUGCGCCGAGUGCAGCCCCGGUCUGGGCCAGCCGCUGCGCUGCGCCAGUGGUCAUCUGAUUCUGGAUGAAGAUUUAGACCGCUCCACUUUCAUCAUCAGCACGGGCCCCAUCAGGCCUUCGGAGACCCUGACUGUAGUCUUCAGCAGCAGCCAGGAGCUGGCGACCCGGCCAGAUGGUGCGCUCCACAUCACCUUCCCUUCCAUCCUCACACCCCUCGUCGUGUCCAUCCCUGAAUGUGAGAGCGAGCCCGGAGGCUUGUGUGACGACAGUCCCACCAGCUGCUUUGGAGCCCCCGGCCCGCGGAGCGAGCAGUCGUUCACGGCACCUCCCGAGAGCACUGAUGUCUUCAGGGGCCAGGUCUACAACCCCUUCCCCUACGAGUUCACCUUUGAGCUGCUGGUCAAGGGGCCCUGUUUGUUGGCAGGUUUGGAGAGCCCGUCGCAUGCCCUCCGGGCCGAUGCCAACCCCUACGCCAGCUCAGCCUCCACCAUCUGUGUGACCUUGGCAGAGGGUCACUGCUGCGACAGGAAUCUGGAGAUUAUUCUGUACCCCUGCGAGCCUCAUCACCCCCAUCUAGUCAUCGAGGAGGGCACGAUGACGUACCAGGAAUAUGAGGCUCACAUCCGGAGCCGCCGGGACUACGUUCGAGUUGCCAAGAGGGACAGCGACGGGGAGAGACAGGUAGCCUUUGUUCAGAAGCGGUUCCACAAAGACAUCUUCCACAACCCGGUGCUGAUGCUGAACUUCUGCCCGGAGGUGGGCAGCUUCCCCACCGACCUCCAGACCGUCACUCGGGAGAUCCUCUUCCUUGUCGACCGCAGUGGCAGCAUGAGUGGCCCCAACAUCGACCGCAUCAAGGAGGGCUUGCUGGUGGCGGUGAAGAGCCUCCCGUCAGGCUCCUUGCUGAACAUCGCUGGAUUCGGCUCCAACAUCAAGCCGCUNUUCCCAGCCAGCAAACCGUGCAGCAACGAGAACCUGCGGCUGGCCUGCGAGCACAUCCAGAAGCUGCGGGCAGACAUGGGCGGCACCAACCUCCUGGCAGCCCUGAGCUGGAUGCUGGGGCAGCGGCUGCACCGGGGCUCCCCCCGCCAGCUCUUCCUCUUCACCGACGCCAACGUCAGCAACGCGGGCCGGGUCAUCGAGCUGGUGAGGAGGCAGGCAAGCACUGUCAGGUGUUUCAGCUUUGGCCUGGGCUCUGGGGCCUGUCGGAGGCUCCUGAGAAGCCUGGCCAAGGUGAGUCGAGGUCGGGCUGAGUUCCUGAGCCCAGAGGAGAGGCUGCAGCCCAAGCUGAUCAAGUCCCUGAAGAAGGCGAUCGAGCCGGCUGUGAGCGACAUCACCAUCGACUGGUACGUGCCCGACACCAUGGAGGCACUGCUGUCGCCCAACGAGAUUGCGGCCCUGUACCCUGGGGACCGUCUCAUCAGCUACUGCACCCUCUACAACAUCGCCUGCUUCCGGGACAAGAAGGCAGCGGGCCAGGAGCGGGUGUGUCGCAGCCUUUCGCGCGGCUCUGCGGGGUCGGUGUUCCAGUCCCCGGAUGAGGCCUUUGGCCCAGAUGGGCCGCCCCUGUGCCCGGCUGGGGACAGCCAGGACAUCAGCCGCACCCUGCAGGAGAUUUCCCAUGAGAUCUCCCUGGAGUUCUCGGCCGGGGGCGUGGAGGAGUCGGAGAAGAGUGGGGACCUCACUUCAGGGGCAGACAUCUGGAAGCGGAUUUACGAGGCCUCCUACAUCCAGGAGCAGUACGUGCUCACCCACUGCUCCGUCAGCACCGACCGGAGCCAGGGCCUGCUCUCCCACAGCUCCACCAGCAGCGAGUCCACCGGCUCCCGGGACAUAGCUCCCGACGGGGGCUCGCUGGCCCGGACCCCUGAGGCAGCCUCUCAGCAGGGCCAGAAGAGCGUGUCUCUGUGCGAAUCCUCCACCAAGUCUGCUCCGCUCCCGCAGGCGCAGGUGACGGCUGCAACUAAGGUGAGCAUGGCGCUGAGCUCCGAGGAGCUGCUGCGGCGCAAGAAGGCGCUGGCACGAGCCGCCCUCUCUGGCCGCAGCUUCUCAUCCCCGCACGGUGAGCUGGACGCCCACCGCCUGCGCCGCACCCUGGAGAAGGUGUCCCGGAAGCGGAACCGGUCCCUGGAGGGGCAGCUGGACGAGCUGGGGCCAGAGCUGCGGCUGCUGCAAGGGAGCCAGGCCGACUCCACAGAUCACCUGCUCUCGACGUCCCACCUGGACUGGGACAUGCUGGUGGAGCCCCCGUACCUCUUCAGCGGGGCCGAGGCCGAGCAGGCCAUGGUAUUGCCCGUGCGCUGCCAGGUGGUGAUCCACGCACUUAGCGCCGGCAAGCCCAUCUCCUGGCAGGUGAGUGCCGCCCUGGAGUCUCUGCUGCAUGCCAAGGAGGCUCCGAGCAAGGAGCAGGCAGGGAAAGGCUGGGACAAGCUGCUGCACCGCCUCACUGCCCGCUCCGUCAUCCGGGACCACGAGAACACGGCCCAGCGAGAAGCAGAGCUGGAGCACGGCUUUGCCCGGCGGUUCCGCCUCAAGGCCAUGCAGUCCUCCAAGGCCUGUGACGUGCCCUCCAUCUACACCUGCCUGGUGCCCGUGGACCCCUCCACACAGGAGGCCCUGCCCACAGCCCUUGAGGUUCGCCGUGCAGGGGGCUCGCUUGGCCACCAGCACGGGUCCCAGGCCGGGAGCCGGCGCCAGCGCAGUUACUCGGCGGGCCUGGGCCGCAGGCAUGACUCAGAUGAGCUGGACGAUGCUGCCAUCUCUGGAGAGCGCAAUGGGAUCCCGGCGUCUCCGGUCAGCACCUCCUCCGGCACCUACGGCUGGGAGAAGCAAAGCUGCCCCAACGGUGAGUCCCAUGCGAUGGCUGGGAGCUGUGGCCAGCGGGGCUCAGCCCCUGCAGGGGAGACACUACAUGGGCACCAAGGGCAUGAGGACAGCUCGGCUGCCCUGCCUGCAUGGGUACACCUAGGGGCAUCCCCUGGCAGGGCACAGGAACACCAAGGUGGGGAAGAGGGUCCAGCCCCCCAACCCUAUUGUGCAUCCUGCAGGGCCCUUCCCCAGCCAGAGAGCGGGGGGGCCUGUGCCAAGGAGCUACUGUGGCACCGGAGGGGGACCACCCCACCUGGGCCAGAAGCAGGCAAGUGGAGCUGUCCCCUAGCCUCCUCACCUGCCAUUGCAGGUCCCUCGGCCAGUCCCUCUGCCAACUCCGCAGGAUCCCAGAAGUCUGCCGAAAGCUUCAUUGGUUCCAGGUUCAGCCUCAGCCGCCGCAGGGGACACGGCUUGGCACUGCGGCCGCAGUGCCUGACCCCAGAGGGCGAGCUCCCCCGCAACCAUGCUACCCACGACUACCUGCCACUGGUGCGGCUGCAGCAGGCUCCGGGCACCUUCCAGCUGACGGAGAGCUUCGCCGAGGCAGUGCAGAUCCCCCUGGACCGCCUGCGCCGGGCUUCACCCUACGCCUCACACCGCGCCAGCCUCAGCCCUGCCUCCUGUCCCUCGCCGGGGCUCCUGGGCACCAAGGGCAGCCUUGAGGGUGGUGCCAAGCCUGUAGGCAGCCAGCCCUCUCCUGAGGGAGAGGAGCCCGGCCAGGAGGGGGUGCCAGAGCCAGGCUCGCCCCAGUCCCACAGCACCUGUUCCGAGGUACUGAGCGUGGCCGUGUGGCCAGACAGCGGCCGUGGGUCCGAGACAGAUGCCUGUGACCAUUCCCCAGCCCCCUCGGAGGCCGGCCUGAGCCUGCAGGAAGGCGCAGGGCCAGAGGCUGAGGAGGGUGACCUGGAGAGUGCCAGCUGGGCCACGGCCGUGGCGCUGGCCUGGCUGGAGCACCGCUGUGCCGGCUUUUUCGUGGAGUGGGAGCUGGCAGCAGCCAAAGCAGAUGCAUGGCUGCGGGCGCAGCAGCUGCCCGAGGGCGUGGACAUGGGCUCCCUGAGGGGGGCGGCGCGCCACCUCUUCCUGCUGCUGCGCCACUGGGACGAGAACAUCCAGUUCAACAUGCUCUGCUACAGCCCCGGCAGUGUCUGAGCCCGAGCUGCGCCCCCUGCCUCCCCAAUAAAGAGGCUUGGCUCCCAUCAGCCGUUCCUGCCUCUCCUUGCACUGCUGGGGCGUGGGCUAGGGCACCCCCACUCUGACUGUGAUCCCAGGGGAGUCUGUGCCUGGCUGGGCAGCCCAUGAGCAACGGGGGAUGGGGGCAUCAGGGCAAACCUGGUACACACUCAUGUGGACUAUAGCUCUGCCCUGGGUUUGGCAGUGCAUGUAUGGUGGGGGGAAUUGAGACAGCAAAAGGACUUUUUGCUCCAUAGGAGCAGGGGCGAAGGGGGGCAGCCUGGGCUGGACCCUACGCAC